AUGAGCGACCCGCUCCUGAGGUGGGCACCGGAGGUCGACAGGAUCUACGAUGAAGGUGGGCAGGUCCCACCAGGAGCGAUCCCGCCCGAAUCCCAUCGCUUCAGACCGACGCCUUUGGGAUUGAAUUUCACCAUGGGCCCAGGGCUCCGGUGGGUCAGAGCAGCGACGGUCUUCACACUUAUCAUGUGGAUGCUCCUCAUGCUUAUUGCGUACACCCAGUUGACAUGCGACCUCGAGACGCUCGACGCUCGUGCCGCAAAGUACCCCAUGUGGGUCAUGGCCAUCAUGCCCGUGUUGUCAUCUGUGGUCGUACUCGCGGAAGCGAAGGCCCUGAUGUAUUGCAUGCGGCCGUUCAAAGAGUUACGGAGUGAUGCUGGCUUGACAGAGGCCCGACUCGGCAUACUCGGUAUUUUCAAAGUCAGCGAUACGAAGUAG